ACUUAUUUGUGAUACAAACAGAGCUUUUCUUAACUUAAAAUUAAUAAGUAUAAUUUAAUAUCGUACAACGAUUAUUUUCUCGUUAACGAUUUGAUUUUUGCUUUGUUUAGCAUGAUAUUAUAAAAUAAUUACUAAAAAUUAACAGUUUGUAAAUUUCUUUUCUUGCUUGUGUAAGGACACACGUUUGUACUACAACAUUUGGAAAGAAAUUAUAAUACUUAAAAUUCUUUAAAUAGUUUUAGGUUUAAUUCUUUCGAAUAUUGAAUUCUUAUUAUAAUUUUGAUUUCGUUACUUUCAAUUACAUAAUAUUAAUGCUAAUUGUUGAACACCUCUAUUCAUAAUGUCAAUUCAUUAGCUUACUGAACAUAGCGAGGAGAGUGAUGCCUUGCUGAAUGGUAAACGUACAUUAUACAUUGAACAUACCCCGGAAAGAUAUCGUAAAUUCAAAAUAUGUCAUUUAUGAAUUAAAUAAAAUGUUAUUUAAAUAUUACAGACUUAAAAUCUUCUUGUUUAUAGUAAAUCCUUAGUGUGGGUAUUGAUUUUGACAACUAUUACUAAUUAGAGGGAGUGCGUUUGUUUAAUUGACGGGAUUACGUACACAUUUACUAUGGUCGUUUUUAAAAGUGAGCUGUUAAUUCAGCAAUGUGCUUACAAAGCUGCGACCGAAAAAUUUACCUGCCCAUUCAUUGUGAUUGUGGCAAGAAGCGAGGUUGUUGCAAUUGUUUCUUAGGACGCUCUCGCAUUUUAAAUAGUUCGACUACUAUUGCCGGAGAAGUAGGAUCUAAGAUAAUAUAAGUGUGACGGUGGGAGGCAUUACAGGUGUUGAAGAAGUAUUUAAUAAAUUACUAAGCGAACGUACCAAGUCUUGGCGAAAUCAACGUUAUCACACUAGGGGAGUAGAAAAGAACGAAAUAUCCCAUUUAAUUGCUUGGGAUACGGAAAGAAUUACACAAAAGCUCAAAACUGGAGAAACAAAAUCGUGUGAAGUUAAUUCGAGACAAGAUGGUCCUGGCUGAAAGAAAUUCAGAGCUGGUGCGUAAUGGGAGACGAUCACGCGGUCCAAGUCCAAAUGGGCACGGGGGAGGCGUUGCUGGUGGUGGUACAGUAGGGGCAAGCACAAAUAUUGGGAACAGUGGAGGUGUUGGUGGUACCGGAACUCCGGAAACUAGUUCCGAUGAUGACAAUUCAAUUAAGCGAAAUGGUAAAUCCAAAGCAAAACAAAGUGAAUAUGAAGAGAAAAUUCGUGUUGGUCGUGACUACCAGGCUGUAUGUCCACCUUUAAUACCUGAAAAUGAACGUAAACCAGAGGGCUUAAAUGAUCGAGCCCUUCUGGUAUGGUCACCCACUAGAGAGAUACCAGAUGCAAAACUUGAAGAAUAUAUAUCAGUAGCUAAAGAAAAAUACGGUUAUAAUGGCGAACAGGCAUUGGGUAUGCUAUUCUGGCACAAACAUGAUUUGGAACGUGCCGUAAUGGAUUUGGCUAACUUCACACCUUUCCCCGACGAGUGGACAGUAGAGGACAAAGUGCUAUUCGAACAGGCUUUUCAAUUCCAUGGCAAGAGUUUUCAUCGCAUCCGACAAAUGUUGCCCGACAAAUCAAUAGCUAGUCUGGUGAAAUAUUAUUACUCCUGGAAGAAAACGCGCCACAGACAAAGCGUUAUGGAUCGUCAAGAAAAAGCAAAAGCAAGUAAAGAAGGUUCAGAAAAUGGCAGUGAGAACGGCAGCAAUGAAGAAUCUGAUACAGAUGACAAGGAUCAAGCAUUGGCCUCAACUUCCGGGUUUCAAGAACAAAUGAAAAUAGGCUGUGCCACUUCUGCCGAUUUACCGAACAAAUUAAAUAAAUUGAGCGAAAACGGUGGUGUUUCUGGUAGCAGCAUUGGCGGUGGCGGUGGCGAAGCCGACAGUGAGAACACAGCGGCUUCUGUUUCGUUAAAUAUGAUCGCCCAAGGACGAGACAGUGGCCUAGUUGCCAAUGUUGGUGCUCUGGUAGUUGGUAUUAAACAUCAACGCCAACAGACGCCGCCCAAUACGGCGAAUACCGAUUCGUCAUGUUCCAAUGCAGACUCAGCAGGUUUGAGCGGUUGCUGUACCAAUUGUGGAGUUCCAUGUAGUGUGCUUAAUGCAUCGCCACACGGUAAACUAUGUUCAAGUUGCCACCACCAUUGGAGACGUACCGGUAAUAAGCGUCCCACUUCUGGUCCAUAUUUUGGUAAGCGGUCGCGCGAUCGCAAUGCUGAAAGACAUAAACGCAAACCACCUCGCGGCAUGUACAUCAAUCACGACGAUAUUGUGGCGCUGGCCAGAGCCAAUGACAAUCAAGACGAAAUGCUCGCUAAUACAGACAGGGAAAUCGUUUCGCUAUUGAGCCAAGUUCAGCUAAACAAACAGAAUAUAUCCGCGUUGAAACGUAAGAAUUCAGAGGGGUUAGACGAUAUGCGCCCAAUUGAAAACACGAAUCGCAUCAAUUCAAGAUGGUCCAAUGAUGAAGCUCUGCUCGUCGUACAAGGUGUGCGUAAAUAUGGCAAAGACUUUCAGACAAUAGCCGAAACUAUUGGCACGAAGACUGAAGCUCACGUGCGUACCUUUUUCGUAAGCAAUCGUCGGCGUUACAAUUUAGACCAGGAACUAAAAAAGUAUGAAGCAGAGAAAGAAGAAGCAGCAGCUACUGCCACUGCUGCCUCAGCUGUAAGUGAAUCAACUAACUCCAACAACAAAAAAGACGACUCAAAGAAAAGAGAGCUGUCAGCGGCAAAUGCAACAACCACUGGCAUUAGUGUCGUUUCGUCUGUUAUUGCUGAUGAAUCGGAUAAUACAACCUCAAGUGAAGCAACCGUAACAAAGUCCACCAAAGACGAAUCCAAGUUUAAUAAUAGCAAUACUAAUAUACAGAAGGAUAACGUUAUAAUGGAGAUUGACUUAGAUGCUGAUCAAAAUGAUAUGCAACCACCAGCCAAGAAGUUCGCUCUAAACGUCAACGAACAAGAUCUCUCCAAAGCCAGUGCAACCUAAAUGAUAGUUCGUUUAAAUACACAAACAUCUGUGGACCAAUGGUGGUGAAUAAUGCUAAAUGACACAAUGCAGGUGUUUGACACGCCUUAAGUUUUAUGCAUAUAUACAAUACAUGCAUAUAUAUUUAUAUAUAUUGAAUACUUGACGAUCCAUCCUGUUAAUUCAUGAAAUACGGCAGGAGAUACUGAAAAUUUGGUAUCAAUAGAAACCUUAACACAAUUCUUCAAAAAAAUUAAAUUCGACAAAAUUCCUUGACCCCAGAUGAGUAGCUUUAUUUCACUUGAUUUAAAAAUUGAAACUCGGAGCAACAAAUUAGUUGGGAGAUAAGUUGAACGGAUAUAGACGUCAGCAAAAUGUCAGUAUAUCUAAUGUGCGCUAUAUACUUGUAUAUAUUAUAUAUAUGAUGGCCUAUCAGGUGUUGCAUUGCCAAAUGAAUCUAAAGUUAUAUUAAGCAAUUAAUAUAUUUAUAACUUGAACCUCAAUAUAGGCAACGCGCCUGUAACACCAUGUUUUGAACAAUUAGUAACCAUAAGGCCAAAUAACAUAUUCAUUACUCGUACUUUAUUAUUUACAUUGCCAUUGUUUUCUUUCUUUUGGGUUAGUUUAUAUUUUGUUUAAGAAUUCUUAAAAGUAUCUUGUGUGAACUUUUCUUAACAAUUUUACAAUUAUUUGAGUUUUCUUACAAAUUUCUAUGAUACCUUACAUUUCCUAAACUUAGAAAACAUUAGAUGUUAUUAUCGAAAUGCUUGAUUAUCUAUUCAUAUUGCAAUUAUUAUAAAUAUGGUAUAUAAUAUAAAGCUGUGUAAUUUUCAGUUGGCUUUAUAAAUUGCACUGUGUUGUAAUUUCAUUUCUACAAAGAAGUUUUAUUGUAUUAAUCCAAGUGCUACUACAAAUAAAAUGUAAAAUAUACUUUCUUAUUUGUCUGCAUAAAUUUUAAAUAUCAGGAAACAGCAUAUUAUUUCUUAACAGUGGUGGUAAAUUUUCCUGAGGAAUAUAUGUAGGAGAGAAAUGUUGCUACUGCUAUAUAGUAGUAUAGCAGCAAAAGGAACUGGGAUAAAUCCACUUAAUAGCUUAAACACAAUACGGGCGACGACGAAUAUUCGCCGUGUAAAACACAAUACGGACGAUUUUCGUCGCAGCUAAUGUGUAUU